AAAAUUAAUCAUUGAUACAGUUUCACUUCGCUGCAGUCCGUCUGCUCGCUGCUCGAAAAAAGAAAAGAAAAUUUUCACUUCGUGUGUGUAUUUUUUCCAGCCCCUCUGGAAAAAGUGUGUUCCGUUUUCCCGUGAAAGUGUCCGUGCGCGCGUGUGCCCCCGGUGGCCGAUUCUCCGUGAAAUCUCCUCGGUGUGUCUGUGAAGUGGCCACAAAAAUUGACGACUUGGAGUGCGAAGGCGAAGGCGACGACGUUCCGGAAUGACCCAAAUGACGCAGGAAGAGAUCGUGUCCAACACGAAAACGGUGCUCCAGGGGCUGGAGGCCCUCCGGGUGGAGCACCUGACGCUGGUGUCGAACCUGUCGGAGGGCACCGAGGGCAGCAAGCGUGAAAUCGUCCGGCAAAACAUCGAGAACAUCGAGCUGGGCCUGGGGGAGGCGCAGGUCAUCGUCGUGCUGGCCUCGCACCUGCAGAACAUCGAAGCGGAAAAGCAGAAGCUGCGGACGCAGGUGCGCCGCCUGUGCCAGGAGAACGCCUGGCUCCGGGACGAACUGGCCAACACACAGCAAAAGUUGCAGGCCUCGGAGCAGUCGGUCGCCCAGCUCGAGGAGGAAAAGAAGCACCUGGAGUUUAUGGCCUCGGUCAAGAAGUACGACGACAACCAGGAGCACGAGGAAAAUUUGGAAAAGUCUCGGUCGGAUCCGGUGGUGGAGCUGUUCCCGGAGGAUGAGUCCGAGGAGCGGCAGAACAUGAGUCCGACGCCGGCGAACCAGUUUGCGAACCACGCGAACGCCGGCUACGAGAUUCCGGCCAGGUUGAGGACACUGCACAAUUUGGUGAUUCAGUACGCGUCGCAGGGUCGCUACGAGGUGGCGGUUCCGUUGUGCAAGCAAGCGUUGGAGGAUUUGGAGAAGACCAGUGGCCAUGACCAUCCGGAUGUGGCUACGAUGUUGAACAUUUUGGCGUUGGUUUACCGCGAUCAGAACAAGUAUAAGGAGGCGGCUAAUCUGCUGAACGAUGCGUUGGCCAUUCGUGAGAAGACGCUGGGGGAGAACCAUCCGGCGGUGGCGGCCACGUUGAACAAUUUGGCCGUGCUGUACGGGAAGCGUGGUAAGUACAAGGACGCGGAACCGCUGUGCAAGCGCGCGCUGGAGAUUCGCGAGAACGUGCUCGGCAAGAACCACCCGGAUGUGGCCAAGCAGCUCAACAAUCUGGCCCUGCUCUGCCAGAACCAGACCAAGUACGAGGAGGUCGAGAUUUACUACCAAAGAGCGCUCGAAAUCUACGAGAUGAAGCUCGGUCCGGACGAUCCGAACGUGGCCAAGACCAAGAACAAUCUGGCCAGCUGCUACCUGAAGCAGGGCAAGUACAAGGAGGCGGAAGUGCUGUACAAGCAGGUGCUGACGCGGGCCCACGAGCGCGAGUUUGGCACCAUCAACGGCGAGAACAAACCGAUCUGGCAGGUGGCGGAGGAGCGCGAAGAGAACAAGCUAAAAAACCGCGAGAACACCCCGUACGGCGAGUACGGGGGUUGGCACAAGGCGGCCAAGGUCGACUCGCCGACGGUCACGGUGACGCUCAAGAAUCUCGGCGCGCUGUACAGACGCCAGGGCAAGUACGAGGCGGCGGACACGCUCGAGGAUUGCGCCCUGCGGAGCAAGAAGGAAGCGCUGGAUCUGGCCAAGCAGAGCAAGGUCGCGAAAAUUCUGGGCGUCCCCGAGGGCAUCGGUGGUGGUGGCGGUGGCCGUCAAAAGAUGAAGGACAGCGACAAGGAUGACGACGAGUCGGUGCGAAGGACCCCGAAGCAGUAAGGGGGUGCCUUCCGCGCGAUAUCGAGUUUGCAAUGUUAGAGACUAUGGUUUAUUCGCAUUAAUAAGUAUUUAUAUGUAUACACACACA